GUGUGGGAGGGAACCCGCGGUGGUUCCGGGAGGCCCGGAACCUGCUCCCCAAGGCCGUCGGGAAACUUGAGGACCGCCCAUCCCACCGCAGGCCGGGCCGCGGGCCGGGAGCCCUGAGCCCGCCCCCUCCGCCGAGCCGGCCCGAGGGCGCAUUCGAUGAGAGUCUGGCGGCCUCUGCCGGAGCGCCUCUGCAGAGGACAGUCCCUCCAGCCCGGAGACGACAUGUGGCGCUCGGGAGAGCACCUUGCAGAACAAGGAGUAGCUUGCUGGCUUUGAACCCGUGGCAAAUAUUUCAGAAAGCUUCAAGAUCAAGUUGGAGAAAGGAACAGUUAUUCUUACAAAUUCAUCUGCUUCAGCUAUUAUUCUCAUUGGGAAUGGACAAUGGAAUGUUUUCUAGUUUUAUCAUGAUAAAAAACCUCCUUCUCUUUUGUAUUUCCAUGAACUUAGCCAGUCACUUUGGACAAUUUAUGGAAAAGAAAUUGCCAUAAGUAGAGCUGGGGCACCGUAGCAGGCACUUCAGGGAAGUUCCAGGGAUCUCCUCUUCUUCUCCCAAGUGCCGAGGGCGCUAACUUCACAGCCAGAUUGCAGCUGCAUAAAUUCUACUUGAAGCAGAGCCAUAUGUGUUGGUCAAGUUCUUGCUUUGCACAAAUGCCAACCAGUUCAGUAAAAGAUGAGACCAAUGACAACAUCACAAUAUUUACCAGGAUCUUGGAUGGGCUUUUGGAUGGCUAUGACAACAGACUGCGGCCUGGCCUUGGAGAGCGAAUCACUCAGGUGCGGACGGACAUCUACGUCACCAGCUUCGGCCCAGUAUCCGACACCGAGAUGGAAUAUACCAUAGAUGUGUUUUUCCGACAAAGCUGGAAAGAUGAAAGGCUUCGGUUUAAAGGGCCCAUGCAGCGCCUCCCUCUCAACAAUCUUCUUGCCAGCAAAAUCUGGACCCCAGACACAUUCUUCCACAACGGGAAGAAGUCCAUUGCCCACAACAUGACCACGCCCAACAAGCUGCUGAGGCUGGAGGACGACGGCACGCUGCUCUACACCAUGCGCUUGACCAUCUCCGCAGAGUGCCCAAUGCAACUUGAGGACUUCCCGAUGGAUGCCCAUGCUUGCCCUCUGAAAUUUGGCAGCUAUGCAUAUCCUAAUUCCGAAGUUGUCUAUGUCUGGACUAAUGGCACCACUAAGUCAGUGGUGGUGGCAGAAGAUGGCUCCAGGCUGAACCAGUACCACCUGAUGGGGCAGACAGUGGGCACUGAGAACAUCAGCACCAGCACAGGCGAAUACACAAUCAUGACGGCUCACUUCCAUCUGAAGAGGAAGAUUGGGUACUUUGUCAUCCAGACCUACCUUCCCUGCAUAAUGACCGUGAUCUUAUCACAGGUGUCCUUUUGGCUGAACAGAGAAUCAGUCCCUGCCAGGACAGUGUUUGGGGUGACCACAGUGCUGACCAUGACGACCCUCAGCAUCAGUGCUCGGAACUCUCUGCCCAAAGUGGCUUAUGCGACAGCCAUGGACUGGUUCAUAGCUGUGUGCUACGCUUUUGUGUUCUCCGCGCUGAUCGAGUUUGCCACCGUCAACUAUUUCACAAAGAGAGGCUGGGCGUGGGAUGGCAAAAAAGCCUCAGAAGCAGCCAAGGUCAAGAAAAAGGAGCGGGAACUCAUACUAAAUAAGUCAACAAAUGCUUAUACUACUGGGAAGAUGACCCACCCCCCCAACAUCCCAAAGGAACAGACCCCAGCAGUGACCUCAAAUGCAUCGUCAGCCUCAGUAAAGCCUUCUGAAGAGAAGACUUCUGAAAACAAAAAGACUUACAACAGCAUCAGCAAGAUUGACAAAAUGUCCCGAAUUGUAUUCCCAGUCUUGUUUGGCACUUUCAACUUAGUUUACUGGGCAACAUAUUUGAAUAGGGAACCAGUGAUUAAAGGGGCUACCUCUCCAAAAUAACCCACCAUACUCCCAAACUCCAAGAGAGCCAUACUUCCAGCAGAAUGGUACCAAGGAGAGGUUGAGCUCAGAGGAAUUUUCCGUAUUCGGGCACUAUCUUUCAGGAAAUUUUUGCAUGUUUAAUAAUAUGUACAAAUAAUAUUGUCUUGAUGUUUCUAUAUAUAAUGUUGGAUGUUUCAAAGAUGUCACAUUGAUAAAUAAAGCAAACAACUUUCUAGAAAAACAGGAGACAAUGGCUCUGACACUCAGAUACUCAGUAUCUUACACUGAUAGUUUACAAACAAGAUAAGUAUAUUUUUAACUGUUCCAAGUGUUACCUAACAAUGUUUUUUAUACUUCAAAUGUCAUUUCAUACAAAUUUUCCCAGCAAAUAAAUAUUUUAGGAAAUGCUCCAUGAUUAUUACUUGACCAACUCUCUUGCAAGAAACAAAUCAGAAAGAGCACAUUUUUCAUUAAAAAGGAAACUGGACAUUUAAGUACAAAACUAAUUGCCUUUGAUAAUUCUUACUAUUCUGAAAUUAGAAAAUAUUGCAUGAUAUUACACUAAGAAAUAGAUUAGGCAAAUAUUUAUGCAGAUAAAUUUAAUAACAGAAAUAUAUGGUAUGAUAGAUUAACAGAUAAAAUAUUUCCCCAAGGAAAAAUUUAACUGCUUAAAAAAUCUUUUUUUUCUUUUUUGAGGAAAAGAAACAUUUCUCUCCCCACCCCACCCUACCCAACUGAAUACUGAUCAGAGAAAGAAAAGGAAUUGUUAAAACAAAAAGUGAUGUGAUGACAGUCUUGGGUUUCGGCCCAUGCAUUCACUGGCUGAAACAUUGACCACCUCUCGCUACAACCAGUGUGUAGUGCUUCAGUGGUGAGAAAUUGUAAUUGAGUUAUUUUCCAUUUUAUUUCCUUGUACUUAUUUCAUGAUUGACUUAUUGCUCUGUUAGCUUUUGUAUAUGAACUUUAAAUGUUCAUUAAAAAAUAAAAAAUGAACUGA